AUGAGUCAACCAAAUACCCCGCUACCCACCUUUAUCGAUCGCUCUACUCCCAGCCCAACUCGCGGUACUGGAAGCCAAUUCGCCCUCACACCAACCAAACAGAGGCUCCCCGAACCUAUGAUAGACUUGCCAUCUCAGGGAGGCAUCAUGGGUAGCAACCACGACUGUUUAGACCGCGAUCUAUUCUCCAACAAUGAAGUCGAUGAAGAUUCGCUUCUUUUGAGGGGCGGCAACCUCCCUGACGGAGCAGAGGCCCAGUUUCGGCCAUACGGAAUAGUGACAGUCAGGCCUGCUACCUUGGAUGGCAAUCACUUGCGAGGUGGUAGCAUUGCCGUCGUGGGGCCUCAGACCUCCAAGGACCUUAAUUCGACUCUAACAAACAGGGUCCAGAUGGCUAAGGUGAAGGCAAAGCUGCCCGACCAGGAUUGUUAG